AUGCGGAAGAAGAAGGUGGCAACCACCACCUCGUCUACGCCAGUAGAGAAUGGAGAAAAGAGGAAAGAAGAAAGGAGUGUCCUAAGUGCUAGUUCAGGCGCUAGUUCAUUGGAAGUAUCUCAGGUGUCCCAACAAUCUUCAGCAGCCUCAGCUGUCGCACACUCCGUUCGAUUUAGUGUGCUAGGCCUUGCUGGGAUAACUGUGAAUGCCCCGCAUUUGGAAAAGCUUCAAGAACUGGAAGGCAAUAAGGAGUCUUCAUAUUUCUCUUCACCGUCGAAAAUGAAAUCCGUGGUUACAAUUACAAGCAACAACAAGGUUGCGGGAAUUACUGAUCUAUCGAAACCAUUGACACCUGCACACAGCGCAUUUCAGAAAGAUGCGGGCGAGCAUCGCCACCUUGCAUUUUGGGCUGAUGAACAAGAAUUGACAUUAGGAUCCGGAAUGAACCUUCACUCAAAAGGUGCAGAGACAUUUCAUAUGACAAUUGGCUUAACCGAUGGGAUCCUACCAGCAAUGCCGAUUGGUACUGCUUGCUUAGUCCUGGAUGCAAAGCAGAUGAUGGAGGAUGGAAGAGCAGCAGCUGUUUUGGAUCUUCCUAUCCGAAGUGCAGCAGACCAGAAGAUGAUUUCAGUGGAUUCCCACGUGGCCACCAAUACCACAAAGAAGAAGAAAAAGAAAUGGUUUACCCGAAGCACAAAAGAGCCAUCAAAACCACAACAAAUAGACUUCCACUCUGUCUAUGCUACUGAUAAGACGGGAGAUGCAAUCUUAAGAAUUCAAAUACACCUGAAACCAGAAGAACCGGCAGACCUUUCAGUUUCAACCACCGUGGACAAUACGGUUGAAAGCGAGUCGAGGACAAGCGAAGUCAAGUCGACCAGCGAUGUCAAGUCGACUAGCGAUGUUAAGGCGGGGACUAGUGAGAUUAAAUCAAAGUCAAGUGCUGAAAUACAGCGAAAGUCAAGUGUCGAGAUGCCGCGAAAGUCAAGUGUUGAGGUGCACCGAGAUCCAAGUACGGGGAUCAAACAUACAAUUAUUGAUUUGGAUGAAUCAGUAGCAGACUCGGAAUCAGAAGUUUCUGUUGAAGACAAUAUCUUCGAAGGGAACAUACCAGCGGGAUCGGACAAAGGGAUCAGCAUUGAGGAAUACAAUAUGUUCCAAGUUUUGGCCAAGAAACGCUCGACUCUGGAAAAGACGAGAAUAAAUAUCCCGAAUGCAGCACCAGCAAAUCAAAAGCAAGAAGAGACAAAGGAAGCAGAUGGUUCAUUUGCCACUAUGUUUCGUGGCGCUAUGGACAUGGCCAUUUCCAACUUCUUUACCAGCAGUCAACCAUCCCAUUUCUCCAGCUCAGAGUCCAAACAGGAAGCUGCUCCACAUGAAGAAGGCAUUGAACUCGCAUUGCCUUCACUUGGUUUACCUUCGCUCACAAGGAUCGAUGAAUCGUCGUCUACUUUGAAUAAUGAUGAAGGCAAAGCAAGGCAUAGCACGGAGACCCCAUUCCUUCAGCCAACUGAAGGUGGAGAAAUCUAUUUGGUAUCACCGUCAUCUAUGAAGUCUCAGAAACCAGACUCGGAUUUGGCAUGCACUGACAACAACGAGGAACCGAAGAAGGCUUUGACUGCUCGUGAACAAAUGGUCCAAAACUUGGAGAAGAAAAAUCAACCUUCAAAAUCGGAUGUGCCUGUACCGCACGAAGAGGAAAAAUACGAAGAUCACAUGCGCAUGACAAACUCACCGCUGCAUAGGGAAACAGCUGAGGGCCCACAAGGACUCCCGUCUAGUGGAAGACAAGCACCUGGAGGUGGCUUGCCACCCAGACCUGGUGGUCGGCCACCAAGGCCUACCACUUCACGCCCUCCCCUUCCUCCGACGAAUCAAUUAAGAUUUCGUGAUCGAGAAGGGGACCCAAAUAUCCCCACGUCCAUCAUUGCUGGUCCGAUCAACAAAUCAUGGACUCUUUUGGAUGAUGAUACGUACACUCUGACUGUUGAGGGGAACUUUCCAACUAUCCCUCAGAAUGGGCAUUAUGAGACCAAGGAAGGCGAGCCAGGGAUAUAUCAAUCAAGACAGAACCAAUCUGCUCUCGGAGAAACAAGGAUCACGCAAGUAGGUGGCACAGGGCUCGAUCGACUGUUUCAAUGUGGACAGGCUGCGGAUGUACCAUCGCUCGGAGGCAAAGACAUGGCAAAACUGCAACAGCAAGCGACGAAAACCCACAAGAUAAAACCUCCCACUCCCAAGAAAGUAGAUAGUGAUGAAAUUUCGCUUCGGGUACCUGCUGUGAUCAUUCAGUAUGAUCAUAUGAGUGUUGCAAACGAUGAUUUAACUGUGGACACUAGAGACUUUCCUCCACUCAGGGGUAAGAAGCAUCGAAAUCACGUCUCCCGUCGCACUGCUUCGAAAAGUCGGACGAUGAAGAAGCGGCCAAAUCGAACGGUUGGUCCGGACGAUGAAUCCGCAGGGUCAGGGUCAGAAGAUUCCAUAAGUGCUUUCAUCAAGGAGGUUGACAUGCAACUAUUUGACGAUGAGGAUGAGGUGGAAUCACUCCUACAACUUUAA